ACUGUGUUACUGUUUCAUUAAAUAAAGAAGACUGGGAUUUUUGUAAUAUGAGAAACUAGCAAUGACAAUUCCGCUCAUUUCUCCUUUCACUUUGGAAAUGAUCAACUAAUAUGCAUACUACAACCUCGUGGCCUUCCGUGUAGUGGUGAAGAAAAGGCCGAUUUUGGCGGUGCUGUGCGCUUUGUGGACUUAAUUGCCUGCCUGCGACGGGAGUGCUACUGGACCCGAGAAUCAUGGCAGAACUGCACAUUGUGGAGCCAAGCGGCACCCUGGACCAUCCCGACCCCCGCGAUCUACGAACCCCGAUGCGACUGGCCUCCCCGACGCUGGUGAUCUCCACACGCAGCGGCCCGCCCAGUCCCGGAGUGUCGGCUCGGGCGGGGAUCGGCUUUCCGUUUCGGAGUAACCCGAGCUCCCCCUCGGAACCCUGUGAGAAGCCGGGCUCCAAGUGGGUAAGGCUGAACGUCGGCGGGACCUACUUCGUCACCACCAAGCAGACCCUGUGUCGGGAACCCAAGUCAUUCCUUUACCGACUGUGCCAGGAGGACCCCGACCUGGAUUCAGACAAGGAUGAGACAGGUGCCUAUCUAAUUGAUAGAGAUCCUACUUACUUUGGUCCGAUACUUAACUAUCUACGUCAUGGCAAACUGAUCAUUAACAAAGACCUGGCAGAAGAAGGGGUUUUGGAAGAAGCAGAAUUUUACAACAUAGCAUCUUUAGUUCGAUUAGUCAAAGAAAGAAUAAGAGACAACGAGAACAGGACAUCACAGGGGCCUGUAAAACAUGUAUACCGAGUCCUGCAGUGUCAAGAGGAAGAACUGACCCAGAUGGUCUCCACAAUGUCUGAUGGCUGGAAAUUUGAGCAGCUCAUCAGCAUUGGCUCCUCCUACAACUAUGGCAAUGAAGACCAGGCGGAGUUUCUCUGUGUUGUUUCUCGAGAACUCAACAACUCCACCAAUGGCAUUGUAAUUGAACCUAGUGAAAAAGCUAAGAUUCUUCAGGAGAGAGGGUCAAGGAUGUGAGCCACACACUUCAAUGAAUUGAAGACACACUGGCUGAGAUAUCAUCUUUUCUGAGAAUCACUGAAGACCGUAUGGUUUCCCAGAUAUACAGCAUGGUGAUUCUGUCCCUGUUGGAGAUUCACUCUCAUUUCCAGCCACUCCCAUACCUUACUUAUUUACAAUGAGUUGAUGCAUCAUGGGCUUCCCCAGAAAGUAUUAUUGUCCUUUUGCCAAAGGACCAUUCCGUAUGCCCAAAGUUCAUGUUUUAGACUGGCUGAGUUUUUGGUGAUUGCACGUAUACUGAAUUCUUAUAAUGUAGGCAUGCAGCCUGUUUGGCACUAAAAUGUCACCUUUUAGAGUUCAAGCUCCUUUGGUGGUUUUGCCUGUUGUUCAUAAGGGUUUUUUUUUUCUCACCCUUAUUUUUAGACUAGUCCCUAAAUAUAUAGAACAUUGUUUUUAUACUGAACUUUCAGAUACCCGUGAAGGACUGUAGCUCUGCAUCACAAUUUGGUAAAUGUGGUAAUGAGAGUGUAAUGCUCAGUGGUAACUUCUGAGUGAUAAGAUUUUUGCCAAUCUUUCACUGUGACUCCUUCCAUCUAACAUUUUAGGUGGUUGUUUUAUUUAAUUUGUCCGGAGAUAAACAGGUUUAGGUGGGUUCCUUUCAACGUUGUUGUAGGGGUAAAGAUUUCAGGGACCUCAUUUGGGCAUUAUUAUAAUUAUCUGAAAAUGGGGGUCUGCCAUUUUGGAUUCACCGAACUCGGAAAUAUUCUCAUCAGUUAGGGAUACAAAGUACUAAAUACAGUAUAUAAUAUUCUUCUGCAAGUCUUUGAAGGGAAAGCACCAUCUUUUGAUUUGCUGCAGCUGUUGACCCCUGGUUGUGUCUCUGAAUAUUCCAGCACCUUUGGAAAAAGUAGCAAGACUAAACUGAUAAGCUGAGAACUGAUUUGGACCUCUUUUAAAAUUAAACAAUCCUUGGUUGACAUGCACAUAUAGGGACGCAUUUACAUCAUUUUUAGUGAAGCUUAAAGUUGUUGUAUGUACACAACAAUUGCACUUAUUUGUUUUAUAAGGAAAACCUUCAAGGCAGAACAACCUCUGGGGCUUUGUGCUUUAAAAGGUUUAGCCCUUUAAAAUAGUUUACUCAUGUUGGCUUCAUCAUUUCUGUUGUUCAUGCUUGGCAGUAUUGUAUCCAAAGCAGACAAGCUACGGAUGCUGUAUUCCAAGUAAAAUGGUUUUUCCUUUCCAGAAGGCAAUUUGUGAUGGCAGCUGGAGGUGAAUUGUUCAUGCUUUUAUG